AUGGACCAAACUGAAAAUAAUCUUGCCUUGAGAGCAUUAAAAUUAUUAGAGCAAAUACCAUCUGAUCAAAGGCUCUUGAUUGGAUUAGCUGGCUCACCUGGCUCUGGGAAAUCUACAAUAUCAAAACAUGUGGUUCAAAAAAUCAAUGAACUUUAUGGCUCAGAGAUUGCAAUUGUGGUAACUCAAGACGGAUUCCAUUAUUAUAGAUCAGAGUUAGAAAAGUUUCCAAAUAGAGAGGAAGCAUUUAAGCGUCGUGGUGCUCCAUUCACUUUCAAUUCUAAAAAGUUCUUGAAACUAGUCAAACUAUUACGUGAACCAAUUAAUGAAAAUGUUGUAAUCACUGCACCAGAUUUUGAUCACAAAUUAAAAGACCCAAAGCCAAGGGCAAUCAAAGUGGAGCCAAAUCAUAUGAUUGUUAUUAUUGAAGGUAAUUAUGUUUUGUUGAAAGAUGAAAAUUGGAAAGAAAUUGGAUCUUUAGUUGAUGAACGUUGGAAAAUCAAUGUUGAUUCAACCACAGCAAGAUCUAGAAUAGUUAAAAGACAUUUAGAGAGUGGUAUUUCAAAUUCAAUGGAGGAAGCUAUAAAAAGAUGUGAUGGGAAUGAUAUGAUAAACGCUGAAUACAUAAGAUUGAACUCUUGUGUUCCUGAUUUAGUUAUUCAAAGUAUAGAUGAAUAG